CCUGAGCUGUUCUGGAGCAGGGGGAAGGUGGAAGCUCUUCACAUCAUUCGUUUUCUCUCGUUUUCCUGCAGCUCUGGGAAAGCUCCUGGGUUUUCUUCCCCCCUGCUUUUCCUGUGGAAAGGAGAGGCUGAGCGUGUGCCAGCAUGGCAGAGAAAGUGAACAACUUCCCUCCCCUGCCAAAGUUCAUCCCCUUGAAGCCAUGUUUCUACCAGGACUUCGAUGCGGAGAUCCCGCCGCAGCACCGCACCAUGGCCAAGCGGCUUUACUACCUCUGGAUGCUGAACAGCAUCACCUUGGCAGUGAAUCUCGUUGGCUGCCUCGCAUGGCUCAUUGGAGGCGGUGGAGCUGUUAAUUUUGGACUGGCAAUUCUCUGGCUCAUUCUCUUUACGCCCUGCUCCUAUGUCUGCUGGUUUAGACCUAUUUACAAAGCUUUCAAGACAGACAGCUCCUUCAGCUUCAUGGCCUUCUUCUUCACUUUCAUGGCCCAGCUGGUGAUCAGCAUUAUCCAGGCGGUGGGAAUUCCUGGCUGGGGUGUCUGUGGCUGGAUUGCAGCGAUUUCCUUCUUUGGGACCAACGUGGGCUCAGCUGUGGUGAUGCUCAUUCCCACUGUGCUGUUCACGGGGAUGGCUGUCUUCUCCUUCAUCGCCCUCACUAUGGUGCAUAAGUUCUACCGGGGGAGCGGCGGGAGCUUCAGCAAAGCCCAGGAGGAGUGGACCACUGGGGCAUGGAAGAACCCCCACGUGCAGCAGGCAGCGCAGAACGCGGCCAUGGGCGCAGCGCAGGGGGCCAUGAUGCAGCACGAGACGCAGUACUCGGCCACCCCCAACUACACCUACUCCAACGAGAUGUGAGCAGCAGGACUCUGUCCUCAGGCACCAGAUCUUGGGGAGAAAGGGAGGAGGAGGAGGAGGAAGGCUGAGCUGGAUUUCUGCAGCUAUUCCAGAAAGCUGGAGUGUACCAUAACGGUUCUUUUCCUAUUCUUUGUAACGAGAUCAUUUGGGAUUUGUUUUCUUCUUCUUUUUCCUCCCCGUUACUGUCUGGAGCUUUUGUUUCUCCUCUCCUUUCCCUUUCAUUUUGAAGAGGCUGUGAGCUGACCCGCAGGGCUCUUGGGGGGUGUGUGUGUGUGUGUGUGUGGUAGUUACAUGUACGUUCACGUGUCUUCCUUUUCCCUGUGAACUAGUGUAUGGUGGUGGUUUUUAAUUCCUGUGGUGAUAGGUGUACAUUAGAACUCCAUCAGCCAAAAGCCCCCACUCCUGAAAGGGAAAGAUACAAAUAGCAACCAGCACCCAUUUUCCCUCUUGGAAUAAGCCCUGAGCCACAGGUUUCUGAUGUGUGUGAGUUUUCUCUUUGAGUUGGUAGCACCCAGCCACUCACCACUGUCUCAGCAAGGACAAGCCAUCCCGGGAAUUCACCUUUUUCCCUUGAUUUUUAACCAGGAGGUGGCUGGCUGGGUUAGUAUUAACCAAGAAAAAGAGGGGAUAAGGCAGAAAAGAACCCCUCCAUCCUGCUGUUGAUAUGCUGGAAGUCGAGAGAUUCCUACCCUACACCCUGGCUCAGGAUCUACAACUUCUCUCCGUGUGUGGUGAUGUAAAUGAGUAGCUUCCAUCCAGUAUUUGUGUGUGUCCGUGGGCAGGAGCCCCGGUGUGCUGCGUGUGUGUGCAUGUACUGGGGAGUGAGGACAGGUUUUUCCUUGUGGGAUACAACCUUUCCAUUCCAGAUUCUGCCUCCUGAGGCUGGUUUGUAAAGGCUUCUUGAAAAGCAGCUAUAGAACAGGCAGUGUUUCUCAGAGGAGCUGUUCUUGGGGACUGCUCUGGGUCACAUCAAGCACAUACCACCUGUGUACUGUGUAAAUAGCGAGGCCAGGAUUUGUCCCUCUUAGCUGUUGAGGUGUGCAGGAGCGUACGGAAACCUCCAAGCUGCUGGAGAAGGAUUCCUGCUCACUUGAGCUUCUGGUGUGGAAAUCCCUGCUCCUCUCAGCCCCCAAUCCAUGCCCAGGUAGGGGUUAGUUUGCGCUUUAAAUAAUGAUGUGGCACCUCAGCAGAGGCAGCUGAGCUCAGACCAACACCUCCUGGGCUGUCAAGGGGAGCUAACGGAUGCUGCUGGACCAGGAGCAGGGAAAGCUCCUUCUCAGAGAUGCUUUUCAGACUCUAAAUGCACUUUAAAUAUGCCAAAUUUCUCUCCAAGUCCUAGGAAAGCAGCCCAAACUGAAUCACAAGCCGAGCUCCCCUCUUAAGGAUGUCACUUCAGUCACUCUGCAGUGGACAGUGGUCUCCUGAUAAGACUAAACUGCAGCUAACAAUAAAUUGCCUGUCCGUGUGUGUGCGUGUGUAUAUACGUGUAAAACUUAAGGAGAAAAGUAAUCCUUUGCUGAGCCUAUUAUGUACUUAAUCAGGUUUAAAUAUUGUGCAAUUCAUUUCUAGCUAGCCGAAAACUGACUAUGCCAAACCAUGUGCUCUGUCAUCCAUGUCUGAGAAGUGAUGCAAUGAAAGUGACUUCACCUUUUGCAUUGAUGAUAACUGUACCGAGCUGUAACUAACAGACAUUGCUUCAGCACCUAA